GUUGUUAUUACUAUACUGUAUUGAUUCGAUUUUCAGUCUUAUUCUCCAAUCUUUUCAGAGUUGCUCAGAAUCACACAAUGCUGAAGAGUGUGCGACGCGCGAUGGGAUGGGCGGAAUCCGAAGCCACCCCAGCAGACGCCAGCGCAAUCCCAGAGCCGGUCGACGAGGUCCAGCGAAACCCGUUCACGGACGUCCAGCUCCUGUCUGGGCACACAAACAUUGUGCGACGGCUGCUGCGCAUUGACGACACGCGCUUUGCAUCGGCUGCAGACGACUGCACCGUCAUUGUGUGGAACUACAGGACGGGCCGCCGCCUCAAGACGCUCGUCGGUCAUACGCUCCCAAUCAACUGCAUCCUGCUGCUCUGUGUCGAGGCAGACAACACGAUAAUAGUCACGAGCUCAUCCGACAAGACCAUCCGGAUGUGGAAUAUUGAUCGCGGAGAUUGCGUAGCCGUGCUCAAGGAACAUGGCGGCAGUGCAAAGUGCCUCGUCAACCUAGGCAAUAUCCAGUUUUGCUCUGGAGGCAAAAACGUGUGUCUUUGGAACCGUCAAGGCCAAUUGCUGUGCAGUCUUGCAAGAAACGAGGAAGAUUCCGAUUUGACACUCAUGAUCCGAAUUCGCGACAAUCGGAUGGUCUGCGCAUCCAGCACAAAAGAUUUGGAGGUGUACUACCUUGAUACCCAACGUUCAGGAAACCCGCGAGUUGUGUUGGUCAAAAAGCUGACGCAGCAUCUCGAGACCGUCCGCUCGCUCUUAAACUUGUCGGAAAACUUGUUCGCGUCGGCAUCCCUCGAUGGCGGUAUCAUUCUGUGGACAACGCACACCCUGGUCCCUGUGAGGGUGAUGAACAGCCAUCGAGACGUUCAAGAUGUAGCCCACGUUUAUUCCUACAGUGUGCAGCACAUGAUAGCCGUCGACGAGAGAGUCCUUGUUGCCGCGGUUGGCCAUGGCUUCGGCAUGUUCGAUGUGUUGACAGGAGAAGCUCUUGUCAAGUGUUUUAACGCACACUUGUCGACUGCAACGCAAGUCAUGGUCUUGCAAGAUGGAGCACGCCUUCUGACAUGCUCGGCAGACUCUUCCAUUCGGCUCUGGGCUCCAGAAACAGAAAACGCAGACGAUCCCAACGCGGUCGACUCGUUCGUAGAGUCGGGCUCACAACGGGGCGGAGCGGCACAAAUGAAAUCGGUCAAGGCGGUUUGCAUUGGUGAGCUUGUAGCUCAUUCUGAUGCAGUGCAUGCACUGCUGUUGUGCAACGAGCAUACCUUUGCGUCGUGUGGCGCGGACGGCAUGGUUAUUCUCUGGAAGAAUGGAUUCGUGGAGUCACGAAAACGAAACGAGUUGGCCAAGAUGAUGAUGCUUCGCCAGCGUGCAGGUGCCGAAGGCGAGACGCUGCAAGAAAUCCCGUGAAGGAUUUGUCGAAUUGCUGUUUCCUGCUGAACUGUUUCUUCUCGUAUUCCCUAAACUCCCACCGCCCCGGAGCUUCAACGGUGAUUAAUCGUACGAAAACAGGGAGGGAGAGAAUUUGUGUAUAAUCCAAGCAUUCAAUGUAUUUUCUUUGGAAAAAGU